AUGAUGCUACGAAAUUCUUGUGUUUUUGCUCUAGUUUUUUUCUUGACUAUUAAAAUUUUAACGAUCGAUACUCGUUCGAUUUCGGAAAAUACUAUUGAAUCUAUUUUAAAUAAUCCAACGAAUGAUACGCAUCGGAAAUUAUUACAUGCUUUUACUGGUUAUCGACAUCGUUUUGAACAAUCUCCUAAUUUCAAAGCACUUCGAUGGAAUGCAAGAAACUUAAAAAUCGAAGGAUUAUGUGAACUUUGUGAUAUUGGUGCACCAUUGGUUCGACUACUUCUUGAACUUAAAGAAACAGCUCUUAUUAAUGAAGCAGUUAGUCUCUUCUGUAAAGAAUAUAAAUCACUUGAUGAAAAUGUUUGCCUUGGUGCUGCUCAUGAAUAUAUGGGCGUCGUAUUUCAAGUUGUUGAAUUAGCUCCUCUAACUAACAAACAACUUUGUGCAUUAGCAUUUGAUUGUCAACCACAAACAGAUUUUCCUGUCUUUAGUUGGAAUGUAACAUUUCCUAAUAAACCAAAACCAACACCACGACCACCACAACCACCUUCAUCAGGAUCACCGAUACUGAAUGUUCUUCAUCUAUCUGAUAUUCACGUUGAUUUUGCUUAUAAACCAGGUUCUCAAGCUGAUUGUUCUCAACCACUCUGUUGUCGACAAGGUCAACCAGCUCCGGGACAUGCUGGUGCAGGAUUUUGGGGUGAUUAUCGAAAUUGUGAUAUUCCUUAUUGGACAGCAGAAGCAACAUUAAAAUAUGCAGCCGAAAUUGAGAAAGUAGAUUUCAUUUAUUAUACAGGUGAUUUACCAGCUCACAACGUUUGGAAUCAAUCUCGUGCAGAUCAACUCUAUUCCAUCAAUACUAUCAAUAAUAUGUUAGCAAAAAUAUUUCCUAAUAAAACAAUCUAUUCAGCUGUUGGUAAUCAUGAAGCUGCUCCAUGUAAUCUAUAUCCAACACCAAAUAUUAAGACAGAUAACAUAUCAUGGUUAUAUGAAGUAUUAGCUGAUAAUUGGAUAAGAUUUGGUUUA